CCUCAGUGAGAAAGCCCCGUCGUUGCCCUGUCGAGUCAUCGCUGGAGAAGAGCCCGGAGCGGAUGGAGCGGACGAGCCGCCGUCUGAUGGCUUGAAAACGGGGGAAUUUAGUGUGGAUCACGUCGGAUUAUUCGCGCCCUCACCCCCACACACUCACUCGCACACGCACGAGCCCAGGACGGUGGCAGCCGCUGGACUGGAUGUAGAUGCGCGUGAAGACAUGAGCGGAGUGUGAGUCAGGCUGUUGCCGCUCGGUUGCGGCUGCGGACCCGGGCACCGACAGCACGGAGGCAGCCUGAAAGAGCGAACUUGGCUCCUCUCUCUUCCCGGUGGGAGGUGUCUGCUAGCCCGCUGUGCCGCGUCGCGCUCGCAGCCUCCCCGCCCGGACCUUCUAAUGAGGAUACGGACAUAACUGAGGGGGGACAUUUUUUCUGUAAAUAUCGUCUUUUCUCUGUCUUCUUUAAAGCAACCAACUGUGGCUUUAAUGUGACGCACUAACAGACAUUAGCUCUGUGUCGGAGCGGACCCCCCCUGCAGAGGACUUCAGGGCUUCUUCAUCAAGUUUCCUCCCGCAACAAGCUCCACACCGAUCAAAAAGAACCGCUAGAGAUCCAAGCUGUGCAAGGCCAGGCCAGGCCAGGCCAGGCCAGGCCAGGAUAGGCCAGGCUACCAUUCUGUCUGGCCUCUCCAGCUUCCUGCUCUCGGUGAGUGGAGGAGGCUUCAGCCAGCUCAGCCAAGUCAAGCUGUAAAAGAUUGGAUUCCAACCAUAUUUCAUCUUAGCCUUCAGGAGGCCACACUGGUCUGUGAGAUCUCCAUUUCUUCCAUGUCAUGGUGGUUGCUCUCUGGAUAUUGGCAGCAGAAUGGAUUCAGGUGUUAAUUUGACAGGUGUCACAUCAUUGCAGUGCUUGCACUCUCCCUCCUCGGACUGCCUCUCGUCCCCUCCCUCCCCAAUCUUCAAGAGAAAGCCCCUCAGCCCCCCCUGGGGCUUCCCCGAGCCCUGUACAGAAGGGCCUAACAGGAACUGUAAGUUGUCUUGUUGAAACAAGUUGACAUUGCAAAGGGGAAGUAGAUUUAAUAAAUUCUUAAUAAAAAAAUCGACAGACCACAACAAGGAUUACUGUCGUCGAUUGAUAUAUUUUUUGUUACUUCUCCACUUUGGUUCCACCUUGAUCAGAGGUUUUCACUUCAAAAAGGAGCUGGUUGAUCAAGAUUUGCACCCAAAACCAGUUUACAAAUAGGUUAAUGUGAAUACUAAUUGAAAAAAAUAAAUCCUUAUUUAUACAUAAAGAAUUUUUCUAUAUUUCUUUGGGUCUAAGCAUCAGGCGGAAUGUCUGAAAGCAAUAGCAGCAGUAAAGCGGUGAUAUUCAUUGCCCCAGCCUCCCCUCCUCCCUCUUCCUCCGCCUGUCCAUCCCCACAGACCCCUCAAAAGAAUGUGAACGGCUCUUCCAGUUCAGACUCGCAUGUGGUGGAGAAGCUCAGUGUUGUCCCGGAGGUCCGACGCCGGCGUCACACGAUGGAUAGAGACUCUAAAACAGCUGAGCACCGCUUCUUCCGUCGCAGCGUCAUCUGUGACUCCAACGCCACAGCUUUAGACCUGCCCAGCAAAGCAGCUGUGAUCCUCACCUCACCUCCAGACUGUGAAGGGUGUCCCAUCUUCCUCACUCCACAGCCCUUAGGGUCUGGACCUGGGGUGCAAGAUGAUGAGGAUGAGAGAGGUUCCUAUUUGCAAAGCAAUACCCGUCAUUCUUGUCUUGGGGUUAGUGGGGCUGUUGAAGAAGGGCAUGUAGAAAUCGCUGAGAAAGAUCUAACAGAAGGCAGUGUCACAGUUCCAGUUCCCACCAUUAGCAGUGUGGAACAUACAGAUGGGGCAGAGACAGUGUCCAGCCCGACAGUAUUGGAUGUUACAGACAACACAGCAGUCAAACAGCCUGAUGUAACAUUAACUCCCAGAGGGACCGAGAACACACAGCAGUUGGCAAAAGAUGAAAAAGUGAUCGAACAUGUAGAAGAGAGCAGCGUUAGUAGUCGAGCCGGAGAGAAGGAGAGAGAGACGGAGGAGGAGAGGGGUCUAGCAAAAGCCAGAGCAGAGCUGAGAGAAGCCGAGAAACGAGUGCAGGAUGACAUAGAGGAGGUAGAGACAAAAGCUGUGGGGACUUCAUCGGAUGGACGCUUCCUGAAAUUUGACAUCGAGAUUGGAAGAGGCUCUUUCAAGACAGUCUACAAAGGACUGGAUACGGAGACGACGGUGGAAGUGGCGUGGUGUGAACUCCAGGAUCGCAAGCUGUCAAAGUCAGAGCGACAGCGCUUCAAAGAGGAGGCCGGGAUGCUGAAGGGUCUCCAGCAUCCUAACAUUGUCCGCUUCUAUGACUCGUGGGAGGGGCCAUGCAAAGGAAAGAAAUGUAUUGUUCUGGUCACCGAGCUCAUGACAUCUGGAACGCUAAAAACCUACCUGAAGCGUUUCAAGGUGAUGAAAAUCAAGGUGCUGCGUUCGUGGUGCAGACAGAUCCUCAAAGGGCUUCACUUCCUGCACACCCGAACCCCGCCCAUCAUUCACAGGGACCUGAAAUGUGACAACAUCUUCAUCACGGGGCCCACAGGCUCGGUGAAGAUAGGGGAUCUGGGGUUAGCCACAUUAAAGAGGGCCUCCUUCGCCAAGAGUGUCAUAGGCACCCCAGAGUUUAUGGCUCCAGAGAUGUACGAGGAGAAGUACGAUGAAUCUGUAGAUGUCUACGCCUUCGGGAUGUGUAUGUUGGAGAUGGCUACGUCAGAAUACCCCUACUCUGAAUGUCAAAACGCUGCUCAGAUCUACAGGCGGGUCACUAGUGGGGUGAAGCCUGCCAGUUUUGACAAGGUAGCCAUUCCUGAGGUGAAGGAAAUUAUAGAGGGUUGCAUCCAAACAAACAAGGAUGAGAGGUAUGCCAUAAAGAUCCUGCUGAACCAUGCAUUCUUCCAGGAGGACACAGGGGUCAGGGUUGAACUGGCAGAAGAGGAUGAUGGUGAAAUGAUUGCCAUCAAACUUUGGCUAAGAAUAGAAGACGUCAAGAAACUAAAAGGCAAAUACAAAGACAACGAAGCCAUCGAGUUCUCUUUUGACCUGAUUAAGGAUGUGCCUGAAGAUGUGGCCCAGGAAAUGGUUGAGUCUGGCUACGUCGCUGAGGGUGACCAUAAGACCAUGGCCAAGGCGAUUAAGGACCGCGUGUCUUUGAUCCGGAGGAAGAGGGAACAGAGGAAGCUGGUUCGGGAGGAGCAGGAGAAGAGGAGACAGGAGGCAGAGCAGCAGCAACAGCAGCAGCAGCAACAGCAGCAACAACAGCAGCAACAGCAACAGCAGCAGCAGCAGCAACAACAACAACAACAACAACAACAACAACAACAACAACAACAGCAACAGCAGCAGCAGCAACAACAACAACUGCAGCAGCUUCAGCAGCAGCAACAAGAAACACAUAAAACCUCAUACACACAGGCCGAGUUGGAAGAGACUGAAGUUGCGCACCAGCAGCUCCACUAUCAGCAGACCGGCCUCUCACACGCAUCUGAAGGAGGUAUGGACAGCGGCCAGGGUUCCUCUGUUUUCUCUUCCGACUCCCCCAGCCUUGGUCAGCUGACCAUGUCCUACAGCUGCCCCCCUUCCUCCCAGCCCCCUUCCCAGCCCCAGACCCCCUAUCCCCUUACCCCAUCUGCCAACACGCAGCCACAUCCAGGCUAUGCCCAGCCACCGCAGCCAAUGGUGAGUACACGUCGUCGUCGAAGUCGUAGCAUGUCCAUUUGCGUGCCCCCCUCUUCCUAUUCCUUUUCUUCCCAUGCUCCAAAGCGGCCUUCCACCCCUCCUCCAGAUCUCUCGUCGUCGUCCUCCUACAUCACCUCCUCCCCUGGCAUGCCUCUCGCUGCUGAGAGGGACACAUUUGCCGGGCGCCUCUCCAAGGCCCUGGAGACAGUCCUACCCAUUCACGCUGCUUCCUCUCUGCCCAAGACCAGGCAGCGGAGGUCCAGCCUACCUGCCCUGUUCUCCGCCCCUCAGCAUUCAAUGCCACACCCCUACAGUGGAGGAACAAGCACAGGAACAGGAGCAGGAGGGAGCAUCAUCCUCCCAACUCAUCCUGACCCUGCUACUAUUUUCUUCCCCUCCAUCCCUGAGCGCCCCAUUUCCUUCUCGCCUCCACCCACUGGGCCUCCAAAGGCCUACAACACCCAGCGACGCAAGAGUACAUCCAUUCUAGAGGCCCAUACCCGCCACUUCCAGCCUGCUUAUGCUCGCUAUGGGAGCAGCCUCCAUCCUUUUUCUGGGAUGGAGGGUGUAGAGACCCCCUCUCUCUUUAUGGUGAACCCUGGUUUUGCAGCAGCUGCUCAAAGACUUGGUGUGGGGGAGCCACUGCAUCUCCCAGGACAGUCUGACCCGAGUCUGUAUGGCUAUAAAGACAUGAGAGCAGAGCAUGAGGAAGUAGUCAGGAGAUUAAGUCUAAAUCAAGCUGCCUUAUUGGACCAUUAUGAAGCAAUGGCAUAUGGAGGAUACCCAAUGACUACACACCAGCUUGGUCACUUGAGCUACCAUCAGCAGAGGCAGGCAGCGGCUGCUGCUGCUAGUUUGGGUUUUGAUCCUGGUCCUCCACCUCAACCAGGCUUCUUGCACCCUCAUCUCAUGCAAAGAAUGAGUACACACAGUCCAAUGCCUUCUCCCUUACCUCCAAUGAGCGCAUCCACUGGUGGCUCUGUUUCCUCUUCAUCAUCUGAUGGCUGCUAUCCUCCACCACAGCAUGGAUCCAUGUCUGCCUUCCCUAUUUCUACACCACCAGUAAUGAGUGAAACUACACCAUCUACUGGAAGUGUUUUUGAGUUUCAUUUAGCUGCUGCUGCUGCAGCUGCUGCUGGAGACCCAAGCCUCCUGGCAUCCAGACUUUACCGGGCACGGAGAGGCUCCAUGGACCUCCCUCUGGAGGACAACACCGUACCUGGCUCAGGUGGUUCAGGCACAUACAGCCGUCUCCAGCCAGUGAGAGAGGAGCUGUUCACUUACAUCAGCCCGGAACUCCCCUUACCUCCAGGAAGUCUACUUCUGCAUCACAUGGGCCUAACCAGAAGUCCAGAACCUUCUAGCGACUCUUUGGCCUCCUCGGACGCAGGAGAGUUCCAGUCCCCUCCUCCCCCACCUCACCUCUCCUCGUUUGACUCCUCAGCUGCUCAGUCAAUCCCUCACUCAACCUCCACCACGUUCUUUGAUUCAUCAGGGGUAGUGCUCCCCAUAGAUCCCCAGGGACAUCCACCUUCCAUGCAGAGCUUUCUCCCUCCCACCCCAUCCUCCGAGCUCCCACUUGGGGGAACAUCAUCAACUCAUCUGGAGUCUCUGAUCCAGAGUGCCUGGGCCCGACACGGAGGGGUGGUACCAGCACAAGCCGAUAUGACUUACCAUGAGUCAUUGCUGGCCAUGCAGGCUGCUAACCCCACUCUGCAGAUUCAGACUCCCACCCCCCAGCCCUCGCCAGGACCCCCCAUAGUCCCUGCCGCCUCCCAGCCAGCGCCCCCUGGGACACCCCAACAAGUCAUUUCAUCCAGUCAGAGCAGUACUUCAGUUCAGAGUCCCACACACACAACUCUGCAACAGGCACAGCCCAGUGUAACUGCGUCUACCUCUGCUGUGACGCACCCUUCUCCUUCGCCAUCCCUUCCUAUUACCAUACCGACAGCGGUUGUGGCUUCCCCACCUUCUCCUCUGCCCCUCUCUGUUGGGGUGGUGCCUCCUAUUGUUUCCCCUCCUCCUCCUCAUCCUGUGCCUCAACCAUUGGCCACCAUGGUGCCAAUCAUCAGCGUAGUCACCGCCCCACCUGACACUCCCAUGGAAGUCCCUCCCCAGUCUGUCUCUCAGUCUUCAGAACUGUCCCAGUCCCAGCUGCAGCCACCUCAAGUUCUCUCGUCUAUAGAGAGUGGCCACUCUGAAACGUCAGGUCUGAGUGAUGGCAACGAGGGGGGAGGAGGUCGUCACGAAGGGCGCUCCACCAAGCGACAUCAGAGACGUUCUGUGCGAAGUCGAUCAGGCCAUGAGAAGAUCUCCAAGGCGAAGCUCAAUGUUCUCAGUAUCUCCAGCCGAGGAGACAGGGUAGCAGAGUGUCAGCUGGAGACUCACAACAGGAAGAUGGUGACGUUCAGGUUUGACCUGGAUGGUGACAAUCCUGAGGAGAUCGCUCAGAUCAUGGUCCAGAGUGAGUUCAUCCUGGAGAGUGAGAGGGAGUCAUUCAUUGAACAGGUCAGGGAGGUGAUAGAGAACGCUGAUGAAAAGGGUCUGGAGAGAGACGCAAACAGCCAGAUGACAGAGCAGCAGAUUCCUGUCAUAUCUGUCCCCAUGCCAGACAUCCCCCCCAGUGCAACAGCACAAGUGGUUCAUUCAGCAGGUCGGAGGUUCAUCGUCAGCCCCGUACCUGAAGCCAGGCUGAAGGAACAAAUGUUUCCCACCUCUUCUCCGACUGCCACUGCACCUUCUGUUGAACCAGUUCCUACGGCAUCAGCUCCAGCUCCAUCUCAGACUCCGGGCCAAGGUUUGGGGUUGUCCCAGUCUGCAGGAGUAAUCAGCUUACAACAGGCCUUCUCUGAGCUCAAACAGAACCAGAUUCAGUUUGAUCCAGGACCCAGCACCGCCCCAGCCUCCAUCCACUCCACCCAUCCUUCUCUACAGCCUUCAGCUUCCCCUGUCCCCUCACAUGCUAGCACCGUCUCCUCCACUGCUGAUAUUACUCCUAGUCUUGUCCCCUCUAAUUUAUCCAAGGCACAGGAGCAGGUUAUGGAUGCCUCUCUUCCUUCUCAUUCCUCCUCCCCCUCUACUGUCGCUGCUGUGUGUCUCAGUCCUCCCAAUUCCUCCUCGCCUCCUCCGACUGGGAUGAACCAGUCCAUCCAUCAGUCACAGCCCGGGACACAGGCUGCCCAAAUUCAGCCCCAGGCUUUCACCCAGCCUCAGUCCCAAUCAGUCUCCGCUGUCACUGCUACUUCAGUACCUUCCACUUUACCACCGGCUAGCAUCUCCAACAUCGCCCCAACAAUGCUCACCUCUCCUCCCCCUGCCCAGUCUGUCCCCCUUGUGUCCUCCCCUCCCUCCUCCACUCUCACAGCCAGCGAAGUCUCCUCCAUUCAUCAAUCCGUCUCCUCCACCUCGUCGUCUACUCCUCCCCACUCCUCUUCGGCCGUCCCAGGCGCCCAAACCACUCCCUCUGCCGCCUCCACUACACCUAUUCCGACUGGUCAGACGCAUACACACAGUGGGGAAUGUGAUGCAAGGUGUGAGGCGUUCGCUGAGGCCCAAGGCAAACCGGAUGACAUCCAAGUUCUGGAGAAGAAGCUUCGCUCCCUCUUCAUGGACCUCGGUGGAGGAGGGCCCUCCAGCCAGGGAGACAGCGUAGGUGCUGACACUGGCUCUGGAGCCUCCGUGGCAGGUACCUCAUCCCCGUUGGGGCCCGGCUCUACCUCCACAACACCUGGCUCCAGCCUGCCAAACAAUCCUCUUCAGCCCCCCUCCAGCCUAGCGAUAGGGUCAGUGGGGUCACCUGCUUCAGUCCAGGGACCUGGGACACCUAUUUCCACCCCUGCACCGACGGUCAUCCCUGCCUCAUCCUUUGGCCAGACCACUCCAUCUAAAACCCCCUUAUCCAGGGUACCGGCCAGUUCAUCUCCUUCAGAACUCCUGCCAUCCUUCCCUGGACCUUGUGUAAUACAGUCCCAGCAGCCUCUGGAGGACCUAGAUGCACAGUUGAGGAGAGCACUGAGUCCAGAGACUGUUCCUGUCAGCACACACUCACAGGCCUCUCACAGUGGUUUUACUGGAGUGGGACCACCAGUACCCUUUUCUCUUGAUGAGGACACUGUGUCCUCGCCUGCUCCUCCUCCUGCAAUUAAACUUGGAAGAUUUCAGGUCUCACUUGCCACUGAAGAGCCUCCAGUCCUCCACCCGGCCUGCACUGAAUCAUCCUCCACCACCUCCUCGUCUUCGUCCUCUUCAUCCUCGUCCUCAAGUCUCUCCAGCCCGGAAAACACGCUGCAUAAAGACUCCUUGUCUCCUCUGAAAGGGGGAGGAGGACAAGGAGGAGACAUUGUAGACGGACUCCCCCAGAGGACAGUGAUAGGAUCGCACCAACCCUCCCCCUUCACCUCUCCGUGUCCGUCUCCUAAGCCCACUACUACGAUAGGACGCUUCCAGGUCACCACCAACCCUGAGGCUCGUGUCGGUAGAUUCUCGGUCAGUCGUGCCCAGGAGCAGAGCCCUGAGCCCAGGCAGAGCCCUCUACACGCUGCCCAAGCUACUAAUGGACCCAGCGAACCCAGGCAGAUUUUGACCCCAGACUCAACUCAUAAAGCCUCGCUGCCAAGCUUAAACAACAACUCCUUCAAUAACUCCUACAUCAGCAGCGAUAACGACUCCGAAUUUGAGGACGACGACUUCAAAUGUGAAGUCAGCCGGCUCAAAGAAAAGCACAUGCGUGAGAUUCAGGCCCUUCACUCCCGUCAGAAGGAGGAGAUAGAUGGCCUCUUUACCAGGCUGGGAAAAGUUCCUCCGGCUACAGUGCUCCCUCCAGUUAUAGCUUUGACUGGCAGGAGGAGACGACCUACCAAAAGCAAAUCGUCCAAAUCGUCCAGAACCAGCUCCAUGCAUGGCAGCAAGAGUCCAUUACAGCCAGGCAGCACUUUAUCCGCCCAGAGCGUCCCGACCAUGUACCCCGGACAACUGGCUCUGUUAGCUCCAGGAGGAUUCGCUGAUUCGGUCUGCAGCUCUCUGCCCCAGCCCCUCAAACCCUCUCCCUCCAGCGAUAAUCUGUGUUCGGCCUACACCAGUGAUGCGGCGCUCUCUGUGCCCAGCCUGUGUGCUCCCACCCCAGGCUGUAUAAAGUUCAGCUGGGGUUCGGAGCGUUCGGCCUUCAAACCUGGUGGCAGGAGGACGCGCUUUCUGAGUACGCCCUGCUUGGCUCUUUGGAAGAUGGUGAAAAAAGUCUGCCCCUGCAACCAGCUCUGUAGGACUAACAGCACCAUCGCAGUGAGCGGCUCAGGAGGUUUGGGUCAGAGCCAGACGGGUUCUCAGUAUCUGCCCACCAACAUGUCGGUUCCCCACCAGAGGAAAGGAACCUUCACCGACGACCUCCACAAGCUGGUGGACAACUGGGCCCGAGACGCCAUGAACCUCUCACAGGGUAAGAGGAGUGCCAAACAGCUGCAGCAAACUCCAGCGCAGGGACACAGCUACGAGGUCAUCCAGUCAGCGAGUCUGGGCAGGAAGUUCUCGGCUCCCAGCCAACUGUGUCCCAGCAGCCUUGGAGGCUCUGCACUACUCCCAACAAACCCCACCGCUACCUCUCUGGCCAGCCGCAAGGGCUCCCUGUCCCACCCCCCUGCCUCCUCCUCUCCAUCCCAACCCCAGCCUCCCCAAUUCAUCCAGUACACUCCCACCGCCGCCUACAGUGCACAGUGGUCUGGUCCGGCUCAUGGCUUGUCGAGCUCGCAGCAGGCUCCGGUACAGCCUGGGCCCCUGCUGGUCAGCACCUCCCAGCCCCUGGGCCCCUACCCCACCCCACAGGGCCAGAUUCCCGGGCAGGGGCCAUUCCAGGCUUUCCAUUUGACCAACGCUCUGCCGAAGUCUGUCAGCAACCCAGGAGGACCCAAUCUGAGGACCACGUAGGGCUGGGGGUCAGGGCUUGAUUGAAUCACGGCCCGACUGGUGUGAACUGGUGUGGGGCGGAGAGUGUUUUGGGCUUGAUCAGUGGGAGAAGAACCAGGAGCUCGGUAUUUAAAGAUGUCGGAUGCUGACAUGUCAGGAGAAUGGAAAAGGAGUAGCUGAAGAGAGGAGAAACCAUGAAAGAGGAAUUUCAAGUGCGACCAUCUCCAUUUGCCUCUGCUUCCAUCCAAGUGUGCGAGACACUGUCACAGACGCAGCUAAACAAUCUCCUUGCCUGCUGUGUCUGAGUCUUGGCUUGUGACAGAAGCCAAAUGCUCAAGGAUAAAGGAAAAGACUGAUGAGUGUAAUGUUAACAAGCCAAAUAGGUUGUGACAGGAUACGGGACUGGUGUUGAAGACUGAGUGUGUGUGUGUGCCGUGUUGUGUAUGAGCUAUUAUAACUUAAUCACACUUGUUUCAUUACAUGCUUUAUAUUGGGUGAACAAGCUCAUAUAUGAUGGGGCGCACAUGUGUCCUAGUUUACGGUGAAGAUACAACACGCGGUUAAAGUGGAAGGAUGUGGUGACGAUGAAAAAGUCAGGAGACAAAAGCUUUGGUAGAAAGAAAAAGAUGUUUAGAACUGUGUCUGUGAUUAUUCUCCCGUGUGUGUGAUAAGUCAGGAAGUGUUUUUUCUUCAGUAUUCAGACAUACUUUCUUAACCGUCAAAAGCACAAAGAAUAUCGAGAACAAAUGGAAUCAAAGCAUACUGAGAAUAGUUAGCAGCUCGGCACUUGGUGGAAUCAGCUUGAGGGAAUUUGUGACAGCUUCUCGUUCCUCCAUCGUUCUGGCGAAGCAUUCACACCGAGCUAGAGAGGUGGAGGACAGAUAGUAGGUGGAAACGGAGAGACACCUCUGUAUCCCGUUCCUCUGCUUACCUCACGAACGAUAAAUCAAUGAGAGCACUUAUUGGGACACGACGAUGCUUCUGCUCCACUCAACACCUCUUCACUGUCACGACUCCACCUCCUCCUUCUCCUCCAUGCCUCUCUCCGCCUCUCUGUUGCCAUUUGAAGCAAUAACAGCAGAAACCUUUUAAGAGGAAAGGAAAACAAAAGAAACAUGAGAGAACUCAUUGUGAAAAGUGGCCUUGUUAUCAGAAUAAUAUCACAGUCCCUGUACAGUUUAUUUUGUAGAAUUUUGAUGAUUCCAUUUAGUUCUUUUAUUUUGGUUUUGUAUUGUUGUUUGUUUGGCUUUGUUUGCUUCUUGCCCCCAGCUGGCAAUCUGACACAAACACAUGCACACACAUACACAAAUGUAAAAGAUAUGAAUUCAGACAUGCACACAUUCAUGCACAACCAGAUGUAAAUACACACACGUGUUGUUGGAGGCGUAGCAGCUGUUUAACGGACGUAGAUGUCUCAGUUCUUAGCGUCAUUAAGCUGGUUUCAACACUCGGGUUCGAAAUAAUUGCAAUGUACAUUUAUUAUCAUCAUUAUAGUUGUUAAUGAUCAUUAUUCUAUUUAAAAAGAAACAAACAAAAAACGUGUUCUGUCGAUGGACCUGUUAUACACACGCACAUCGGAGCCCGAUGUGGAAACACUGUGAUUAUUGUUGUUGUUAGCGAAAGUGUUGUUGGACGACUUUAGUUUUGGGUAACAAUGAAAAAAAAAAAAUAUGAGUGAACGGUUCUGGGUCCUUUCACUUUCAAUUCACUGCUUCCUUCAAAUGUCUCAUCAAAAUGUGAAAACGGAAAAUAUAAAAAACAGUUAUUUUCAAUAAACAUCCUCACAUCCAGUCACUGAGGACCUACUUCUAAACAAAUGCCUUAUACCAACAACCAAUCACCCGCAGCUUCAGUUUACAACUGAUUGAAUUGAAAGCUGAAACUGACCUCAGAGCCUGAAUAUAAAGACAAAACCAGAAUGGACGGCAGGAUAGUUGAUAUGUAGAUUUAAAACAAAAGUAAUGCUAGCUAUUUGUUUUCUUAAUACAGUACUUAAACAGUAUAUCAGACACUUUAAAUAGCCCUCCUCCUACCUUCCUCCCCUGGUUUUGUUAGAUGAAUGUGAAUGUAUAAACCAAUGGUGUCCAUUUUAAUGUACUUGAAAAGAAAAAGUCUGUCUUUUAUUUCUAUUUUUUUUUUGGUCCGUUUCUUCCCCUGCCCCCUCCAAAGCCUCUGGUGAAUACUGGAGGUAUUUACUAGUGCCUUACCUCCUUCCUGUUGCUUCUUUGUUGGGUUGGGUGGACGUGUGUGGGGAGUUGUGGGGUGUCACUGUGUCAUCGGGCCUGAUGGUCAGGCCUUGUUGAUGGACACUUGCUGUGGUCAGCUCAUGCAGGUUGUGGUUAAUUAUUUGUGUCCUUCAAAAUGCUCAAAUUUAACCUUUUUUCGUUGUUGUGGGAGAAUUGGGAGGAAAGCUGAAUCAAAAAUCUUGAAAACCGUGACAUCAGAGUUGUUUCUUUCAUUGCUGUGCUUUGCUCUUAUACGCACGAGGCCCGGCUGCGUCUUCAGGCCCAGCUGCACCACCAACAGAAUGAAAUGAUGGAGCAAACGUGAUAUUUUAUCGGUGCCAUUUUGUUUUUUCAGGGUGUUAAUUGUAAAUAUGAGGAAGGGGAUUCCGUUUUAUGGAGAUUGGAGUUUUUGAAGAUUGUAUUUGAAGCUUGGACCACUCUGUACUUUAGAGCCACUGGCCCGGGUGCAGUAGAGAGAUCAGUCAGUGACACAGUGGUGCACACACAUGUUGUAUACCAAAACAUAAAUCAUAUUUCUUUCUGACUGCUUUGUGAAUUUGGCAAAAGACUAAAAAAAGUAUAUUUCUCUGAAUUUGUUCUCAAUUUAACGAUCUCUCCUAAUGAUUGAGGAGUAGUGCAACUUUACAUAUUAUUACAUCGACAUAGUAAAAACCAAAUCUUCUUCAUCAGGACUGUGUCGGUGGUCUGAUCAGAUCCUGUAUCAAAAUAUUGCUGAAUCCUUAUUGGGUGCAUGGAAAUAUAUGACAUCACCUUUUUCUAAGUAGGAUGAGGAUUAGAAAUAAAGUAAAUACAAACAUCUCUAUGGUGAAAUAACCAAAACCGUUCAAACUUGACUCUUUACUCAAAGUGUUACACAUCUCAGAGAUGCUGCUGCUGCUGCUGCGGGGCAAACAAAGCAAAGAGUCAGAGUAAGGUAUGAACAUCGUUUCAUCCCACUGUGCAUUUGUGAAGCUGCAACAUUCGUGGUCAAAUGUGUGGUGGUGGUGGUUGGAUUGAAUGUGAGCUCCGUGGUGGUCAUGAUGGAAAGGAUGGAGGUUUCAGAUUCAAGGCCUUCGACACCCUGUUCUGCUUUAACCUUCAUUUAUCAGAGCAGAUCAAAACGUGUCUGGUGCAAACUUUAACAUUCACUUAAAAACAACCUAGCGUCUUUUAUUUUGUUUUUCAUUGGGAAGGGUUUGUUCUGGUUUUACGUCAACACAUUACGAAAAGGUAAUUUGUAAAGUUUGUACAAAAACAACAACAUUGCUUCUGCCUGUUUGUUUUUUGUGACAUUUUCCCCGUGAAACGUUAAUGCAACAUUUUUACUACUUAGCAGGUUUGGUUGAAGCUGUGAAUAAUAAUUGAGCCACAUUGCUUUAGUUCCGGUUCAGAGUCUGUCAAAUCCUUAAAUGACGCCACCGACUCAGUGCCAUGUGACGUGUCGUCAGUGGAGUGGAACCAUCAGAAGUGAAGAAUAAAAAUUUAAAAAAGAUCAUUUGAGUGUAAUAUUUACCUGCUGUUACUCACUGGAGCUGUUUUGGUUGAAGUUUCACUUGCAACCUCAAAUGAUUUCCACAGUAGAGGUGUAAUCAAAUUUUAGAUCUGUCAUUACUACACAAAAGUUAACUACAAAAGAAAUGCCCUCUGUGCAAUGGCCGCAAUGCAAUAUGUAAAGUUACAGUGCGUUGUCAAGCUGGGGGAGAGCUUUUACUGUGAAAGGUUUAGGAGUUCUCUAGCGCUGGGCAACUUUUAUUUUGAAAUUUAAGGUUUCAAUGUUUCUGGUGACACAGAUAACUGGUUUUUACUGGUUCAUGUUAGAGAUUAAGUUUCUGUUGGUGUUUUUACAGGACUUGCUUUCCCUUUAUGCUUUUACUGUAGAAGAGCCCACAUGUUAACAUCACACAAUGCCUUUUCAUGCACCAACAGAACAACACACACACACCACACUGUUUCCUGUAGCUCUCUCCUGUGGAAUGACAUUGAGUUUCGAGUUGCUCUCGACUGUUACUGAAAAACAUGUUGAUUUUUUUUUCCUGUUCUCACUUUAGUUUUUCUCUCACUCAGUUGAUCUGCGGUUUAAACGUCUCUAGCAGGGAUUAACUUAACUUGGGUGGUUUCAUUUGUUUCUGUAUCAUGUUUGACAUUGUACAAAAGUGUUUGAAUUACAAAAAACCCAUGGAUGAAAGAAAAACAAGAAUAAAUACGUGUAGGGAGUCAUCGGCAGCCUUUAAUGGUAUGUUUUGCACUAAGUUUAGAGUUUUCAAGCUUCAUAAUAAAAAGAGACUGCGCUUUGCGCUACAAUACAAUUAACUUUGUUACUUUAUUUGUAAAAACUAAAUAAAAGUUGUUUAAAUGAA